AGUUGCGGUGCUCAGGGCCGGGAGGAGGACUUGCCGGCUGGCUGCCUGGCCGUUGGGGGAUCCUGGCCGCCAUGGUGUCCGACGAAGAUGAAUUGAAUCUUCUGGUUAUCAUAGUUGAUACCAACCCGAUUUGGUGGGGAAAGCAAGCAUUAAAGGAGUCUCAGUUCACUUUAUCAAAAUGCAUAGAUGCCGUGAUGGUGCUGGGAAAUUCUCAUUUAUUCAUGAACCGCGCCAACAAGCUUGCCGUGAUAGCAAGUCACAUCCAGGAAAGUCGAUUCUUGUAUCCUGGGAAGAACGGCAGACUUGGAGACUUUCUUGGAGACCCUGGCAACCCUCCUUCCGAAUUCAGCCCCUCCGGGAGCAAAGACGGCAAAUACGAGUUGUUCACAGCAGCGAAUGAAGUUAUUGCUGAAGAAAUUAAAGACCUCAUGACCAAGAGUGACAUAAAGGGUCAACACACGGAGACUCUGCUGGCGGGGUCCCUCGCCAAAGCUCUUUGCUAUAUUCAUAGAAUGAACAAGGAGGUUAAAGAUAAUCAGGAAAUGAAAUCAAGGAUUUUGGUGAUCAAGGCUGCGGAAGACAGCGCGCUGCAGUACAUGAACUUCAUGAACGUCAUUUUUGCAGCACAGAAGCAGAAUAUCUUGAUCGAUGCCUGUGUGUUAGACUCGGAUUCAGGACUCCUCCAGCAGGCUUGUGACAUCACGGGGGGACUGUACUUGAAGGUGCCGCAGAUGCCCUCCCUCCUACAGUAUUUGCUGUGGGUUUUUCUUCCCGAUCAAGAUCAAAGAUCUCAGUUGAUCCUCCCGCCCCCGGUUCACGUGGACUACCGGGCCGCCUGCUUCUGUCAUCGGAAUCUCAUCGAGAUCGGCUAUGUCUGUUCCGUGUGCUUGUCCAUUUUCUGCAAUUUCAGUCCCAUCUGCACCACCUGCGAGACAGCCUUCAAGAUUUCGCUGCCUCCUGUGCUGAAGGCCAAGAAAAAGAAACUGAAGGCGUCAGUGUGAUUAUAAGAUCCCUCCCCCCGCCCCCCACUGCCCAUCUUUUCGAGCCUAUGAAUAGAAAUCAUACAGCAGAAUCUGUAGUGGGAAGGCCCUGAAACAAUACAGCAAGCGGAGGACGAUUUUUCCCGACGUUUGUUGUAGGAAAGGUUCCAAAACCACUUUCCUCAUUCUGUGCUUUAGGGGGACUGCUUUCUUUGAGGGAGUCGUUCUGUGCAGUGUGCCCCCAAAUCAUUUCUGACUGGUUUGGGGGCACAAAGGGAGCGGAGGAGAAAGCACAAAUUAGUGACUUUUUUUUUUUUUAAUGAGGUGCUCAUUUGUCAGUCGGCCGGUCCUGAGUGAUUCCAGGCUUUGGACUCUGGCCCGACACUAGGUUCUCACUGGGAACGCGCAGCCCGGGAAAUGUGGGCGCGUGCGGCCCCUGUUCCCGAAUUCAGAUGAGCUCCAGAUGCAGGGGUUUUCUCGUCUCUCUGACGUCAUGACGUCAUUACGCGUCUGGACACAGCCAUCCAAAUGGUAAGAGCCUGUCACCGCGGAAGUAGAGAGUCUGAUCUUGAGCGCAGCGCUCUGGCGGCAGCUUUUUCUUCACAGAUAGUUGUCAGCUUUUCGGCGAAGGCCGGUGUCUGGGGGGCGGGGUGACUCUUGGGGAGAUUGGAUGCUUGACGGUUCAGUCCUGUCCCCCCCAUAGAAAGCUUGCCUUUUGCAAUGAGAAGAAAAAAAAAGCAAUAACAGUUGGAGAACUGUUCUCUAGAAGCUUUGGAUGUGCUAUGACAAAUGCUAAAGGUUCAGAAGACAAAUUACUUGUAAUUUCUAUAAGAAAAAAACUUUUUUAUGUGAGCUUCAAGUUAUUAGAAGUCCUUUCAGAUUCCAGUACAAUGUAAGAAGGGCUUUCAGGAACGGUGGCGGGUUUGAUUUGUUUUUAAAUGUGUAUUGACAAACAAAUGUACGCUGACGAAAACCCGAUUGUGUGUACAACCUUGUGUGUAAAGAAGAUUUUAAUUUUCUGUUUUUACCGUCUCAGGAGCUGGGCCUCAUGUAAGUAGUUUGGUGUUUGGUUAGAUGAUUUCAGGUCGAUUUUGUAGUCUGGAUUUAUAACUUUGUUAAAUACACAUAGAUAUUAGUGGUCACUCGGCAAGUAUUUGUGAAUCCUUAAGUUCAAGAAUCUUGUUUGUCUCUUAAACAUACUAUUUAAUAUCUCACAGCCCAUGUGUAAUGGAAAUCACUGUCGUAGGUCUAGGAAUGAUCAGACACCCAAAAGAUCAAUCAUUUCAAAGAAGCCUGUCCAGUUCUUAUUACCAAUUCUUGCUUGAAAUGUUUUGUGACCUGGCUUAAUUCUGUUCAGGCUUUAUGUUUUUGUUUCUAUGGCUUAUGUAAUUUUUUAUAAUAAACUAAAGUUUCAUAUUUGCCUAA